CGCACUCAAUUUGUUGGAUAUUUACUCUUUCUUUAGAAAGACUACAUUGUCUUGGUAUACUCAGCAAUCUAAUCAUCAUCUUCUCAUAUGCUCAUAUGGCAACGUGGAGGUGUCAAGACCAGCUAUCGUCCGAAUGUGGUACAGUAGCAGAUUCCAGAAACGUUCUACCAUGCUUGCGGAGAAACAAUGACAAUAAUCUUUCGGAUAAUGUUGCUCCCCCACACUUGACUAUUUACUAAAUGCCGAGGUCUAAGCAGGGAGCUAGUCAAUUGAUCUUCAUUAUCCAACUCUCACUGUUUAAUCACCAUGGAUGUGUAUCUGCCUUGGAAGUCUCAGUUGCGCCAUAGAAGCUUGCAAAGAUGUCAAUUCGGAGCAGACAUACCCCGAUUAUUGUUGGCGUAGGCGAUAUCAGGAACGUCUCCACCAAAAUCGAAGAUGCGCGCGAACCGGCGGAUUUGAUGCUUGAUGCAAUUCAGCAGGCUCUUCGGGAUACUGGAUUGGGUUCGAUAACGAGCUUGAGGUCACAGAUUGAUAGUAUUGAUGUUGUCAGAACAUGGACUUUCGCUUAUGGCGAUCUUCCUGGUCUUUUGGCAAAGAGGCUCAAUAUUGCUUCGCCCCUGAAACAUAAACUAUACACUGCCAAUGGCGGAAAUCAGCCUGCAAAGAUUCUCGAUGAAGCUGCCCGUCGAAUAUCACGGGGAGAGAAUAAACUCGCUCUCGUGACUGGAGGUGAAGCUCUGGCUUCAGCGGCCACAUGUUCAAAAUUGAACAAUUAUCCGCCCCCUGGCUGGACACCUGCCGACGGAAAUGCCGAGAUAUUCUCUCCAGGAGAGCUUGGUCAACGUGGCGACACUGGAAGCACUCAUAUGAUGGGAGCACCAAUUCAGAUAUAUCCUCUCUACGAGAACGGUCUUCGAGUCCGCCGUGGACAGUCGUUCAAUGAUAAUAACAAUGAAUCGGCGACUCUAUAUGCUCGAUUCAGCGAAAUCGCGUCCAAUCAUCCAUUUGCGUGGAAUUAUGGAAAGCCUCCAAUGGACGCAAAGGAAAUAGGAACAAUAUCCAAAACGAAUCGCAUGAUAUGCUAUCCUUAUCCGCUUUUCAUGAAUGCAUUCAAUACGGUGAACAUGGCAGCGGCAUGCUUGUUGACUUCCACAGAACAUGCCAGAGAACUUGGUAUAGCUGAGGAGAGAUGGAUUUAUGUACUCGGUGGUGCAGGGACAGAAGAGAGUAAAAAAUUUUGGGAACGGUCGAAUUACCACUCAAACGCAGCAAUUUCUCGCUCUAUUGACGAGGGUCUACGUGUAUCAGGGCUCAAGGCCGAUGACAUUGAUGUUUUUGAUUUCUAUUCAUGUUUUCCAAUAGUGCCCAAAUUGGCAUGCUAUCAUCUAGGGCUUGAUCCAUGCCAUCCUGCAAAACCCAUAACUGCCAUGACGGAAAUUGUUCGACAGCUACGCAAGCCAUCAUCCAAGAAACAACAUGGACUUGUCCUCGCAAACGGCGGCGUUUUAACAUACCAACAUGUCAUAUGUCUAUCCAGACAUCCUCGAAAGGAUGGAGGGACAUAUCCAACUACCAAUCCUCUUCCAGAGACACUUACCGACCUGCCAAUGCCGAAAAUUCUGGAAAAUGCCGAGGGUGAAGCCACCAUCGAGACAUACACAAUCGAGUACAACCGCACCGGAAGACCCGAGACAGGCUACAUAAUCGGCAGAUUGAAGAAUACUGGUAUUAGUAACGAGAACAACGCACGAUUCAUUGCGGUCACGGCAGAUGAGAGGAGUCUCCAACGGCUCGUAGAAUUGGCUGUUUCGGAUGAACCCAUUGGUAAAACGGGGCAUGUAUCUGUUGAAAAUAAUGGCAACGAGAAGGGAAGGAAGAGAAACUUGUUUACAUUCAGGCCGAAGACGAGAUUGUGA